AUGCCAGGAGAUAGAAACAUUGGUGUGGCUAUGGACUUCUCGCCUAGCAGCAAGAACGCUCUCAACUGGGCCAUUGAUAACUUGGUUGAUAAUGGUGACACUCUUUACCUCAUCAACAUCAAUCCAAACUCUCUUGAUGAAUCUCGUAACAAACUUUGGGCGAAGUCUGGUUCUCCUCUUAUUCCCCUGGCUGAGUUUAGAGAGCCUGAGAUUUUGAAAAAGUAUGGCGUCCCAGUUGACGUUCAAGUUCUUGAUGCGCUUGACACCAUCUCACGACAGAAAGAGGUGAAAGUUGUUUCAAAACUGUACUGGGGUGGAGAUGCCAGAGAGAAGCUCCUUGAUGCAGUCGAAGAUCUGAAACUGGACUCUUUGGUCAUGGGAAGCAGGGGACUUGGCACUGUCCAAAGGAUACUUUUGGGGAGUGUGAGCACUUAUGUGAUGACCCAUGCUCCAUGCCCUGUCACAAUCGUCAAGGACAAGCAGUGA